AUGUUACACAAGGUGACCCACAAAGAGACAGAGACUCUGGGACAUGGCUGGACACGUGACAUGGAGGAGCUYGAGGCCAUGUGGCUGACGGGGAUCUGCCACCAUGAGAAGAACGAGGUGAUGAGCAGCCAGCUGGACGUGGACAACAUGGCCGGCGUCUUCUACAUGCUGGGGGCGGCCAUGGCUCUGUCGCUCAUCACCUUCAUCGCRGAGCAUGCCUUCUACUGGCAACUGCGCUUCUGCUUCAUGGGCUACUGCACGGGCAAGCCAGGCUUCGUCUUCUCCAUCAGCAGGGGUAUCAGAGGAGCUGAGAACAGCAUCGUGGAGGAGAGUUCUAAGGGAGAUUGA